AUUUUAACCAGUCCCGAUCGCGCCAUUCCUGAGGCGUAAUUCGAGCGGUUGUCGUUGGCUGAAUUCAAGGUGUAAAUUACCCCUGCACGAAGCUCGGGAAUGACUUUCACUCUCCGACUUUCGCCCCAGACGAACUAGCACUAAGAGGUCCAGGUCGAAAGAAAAAUUAUGGCUUUCCUCUUCCGCCGUCCAGAUUUUGAGCAAGACUCAAUAUCUUCCUCUCCUCAUUCGCAUAGGAGAGACAAUCAUUAUAUCGACAAUAUGGCGGCCCCUUCAUUGAAGAUUCGCACGCCUGAAGAAGCAGUGGCAAGGAUCGCAUACUUGUCCAGCGACGUGAUUGUCUCUGUCCAACCUUCCCUAGGAAUCGAAUCGGAAUUCUCGUCUCAUCUUCACAGAUACGCAGGGCGCGGGGACAAAAGUCUUGUUGCUGCCACCGAGAACAAUGUCCCAGAGAUUCAAUCCAUUAGACAAACCAACGAUCCUCUACUCUCUGUGUUUACACCAAUUCGCAAUGGCCGUCUUGUUUCCGUCACCACGAGCUCCUCCAUCCUCGUCUCCUCUGUGCCCCACCUUUACCGACUGGCAAACCUCCCAGUGGUCAUUCAUGUCUCACUCCAACCUUCACACUACCCCGACUACUCCUCAAUCACAUCGAUACGGAAUUCUGGCUUCACAUUCCUUCAAUCCGAGACGCUACAAGAGGCACAAGAUAUUGCAUUGACAGCUCAUGCUUUAGCAGUUAAGUCAGGCAAAGGUGUUAUACAUUUCUUCCAUGCUGGCUCAUCGGCACACGACAAUCAUAUUCCUUUUGAGAACGUUGAGGUUGUUCAGGCCAUUUUGAACCUUGAUCUUGUCAGGGCGUUUCAGAACAGCAAAAUUGGUGGCACAAGCAUUUAUGCCGACGAUGGACGAGUUGCGACCAUUGCAGAGACUCCGGCUCCUGUACCUGUUAUUGCCAGUGCUAUGGAAGGAGUUGAGACUACUUCCGCACCAUCAGUGAAUACUCCAAUUGUAUCCUCGAAGUCUUCUGUGGGGUCAUCGAAAUCGGGACGCGAAAGCAGUGUGGACAGCGGAAAUAGUGUUUCUUCGGCUACGACUGUCGACGCAACUGUCAUUCGACCUGUUACAUCCGACGACAUUUACAAUUUUGUAACAGCGAUUUGGGCUCAGUUCAGAGAAGGCUUGGGACGGGAAUAUACACCAUUCCAAUAUUCCGGACCAUCAAAUGCCGAAGAUGCUAUUUUCAUUUUUGGGUCUGACGUUGGCGCAUUUGCACAAGAGAUUGAUGCUGCUAAGCCAAAUGAAGUUUAUGCCAAAUCUGGAGUUAUUACAGCACGAUUAUACCGACCUUGGUUGGGUGCAAAGCUUGUUGCGACUAUUCCGAAGUCAAUCAAGAGGAUUGCGGUUCUUGAGCAGAUUCGAAGGAAGACAACCAGAUGGGGCCCUCUACUUUUGGAUCUCCUCACUACUUUGAAGGCCGGACCAGGUGGUGGCGUUCAGACAAUUGUCGGUCACCAAUUGGGUUAUAUUGCUCCUCAGACAAUUCCACAAGCUCUGCGGGGUAUAUUCCAAAAUCUCAAGUCUGAGACGCCAAUCCAGAACCUUGAGGUUGGUAACCACGAUGGCCCCAAGGAGUCCACCAGCACCAAUGGACAGCCAAAAGUUGAGUCAGCAUAUAUGAAGAUCUUAGAUCAGAUAUUUGGACAGCGACUCUACUUGGCAAACGCUAUUGGUUCUCAAACCGCAGGUAUUUCGGCUUCUGUUGCUUCAAAUCCCGAAUUUGGAUUCGGUUCUCUGCUAGCGAGAAAGGAGCACCGACAAAGAUUUGUCACGGAAAUUCAGCAAGCUGCAAAGUCAAGCCAGUUUAUCACAGAAGCUGCCAAGCCCUGGCUUUCAAAAUGGGUGUCAAGUGCAAAUGACGAGAAGAAAGCAAGCGAGCUCGCAGAUGAGAUCAUUGCUCGUCUCGAGACUGACGGUUCUCCAUUGUCCCGCAAUCUCUUGUCCAACAAGGGUCUUUUCCGAAAGGAGUCCUCUUGGUUAGUUGGCUCCGAUGCAUGGGCAUAUGAUUUGGGCAAUUCUGGUGUUCAUCAUAUUAUCGCAUCUGGUGAGAAUGUGAACAUGCUUAUCAUCAACUCUACUCCUUACUCCGAGCAAAGUGCGAAGGACGCUGCACGACGGAAGAAGGAUAUUGGUCUCUAUGCCAUGAACUAUGGCAAUGCAUAUGUUGCAUCAGUUGCGGUGUACAGCUCGUACACUCAGGUCUUGCAAGCAAUGAUCGAGGCCGAUCAAUUUGAUGGUCCAUCGGUUGUUGUAGCUUAUCUUCCAUACUUCAAGGAGAACGAUUCGCCGUUGACUGUUUUGCAAGAGACGAAGAAGGCAGUCGACCUUGGAUACUGGCCAUUGUACAGGUGGAAUCCACACAAUGAGGAGCGAGGCGAGGAAAACUUUGCACUGGACUCUGAACGAAUCAAGAACGAGCUUAAGGAAUUUUUGGCCCGCGACAACCAUCUCACACAACUUAUGAAGCGUCAUCCCGAAUUCUCGUCAAGCAUUUCUCAGGAUUAUGGUACUGAAGUCCGAGAAUUACAGAAGCGAAAGGCAAAGGAUGCAUACGAUCAGCUCUUAGCAGGCUUGCUUGGUGCUCCAUUAACCAUUCUCUUCGCUUCCGACAAUGGCAAUGCUGAGUCGCUUUCUAAGAGACUGGGUAAUAGAGGCAAGGCUCGUGGCUUGAAGACAACCGUCAUGGCUAUGGAAGAUUACCCGAUUGAGGAUUUGUCCGGAGAAGAGAAUAUCGUCUUUCUCACAAGUACCGCUGGUCAGGGUGAGUUCCCACAGAACGGUCGCGCUUUCUGGGACGCCAUCAAGGAUAGCACCGAACUCGACCUUGCAUCCGUCAACUUCUCUGUUUUUGCUCUUGGCGACAGCCAUUACUGGCCACGUAAGGAGGACAAGCACUACUACAACAAGCCCGGAAAAGACCUUGAUCGGGUAUUGUCAAAUUUUGGUGCUAAGCGACUUGCGGAAACUGGUCUUGGCGAUGAUCAAGAUCCUGACGGAUACCAAACUGGCUACCAGACCUGGGAACCUCUUAUUUGGCAAGCUCUUGGCGUCGAUAAAGUUGAAGGAUUGCCUGAGGAACCUCCUCCAAUAACCAACGAAGACAUCAAGCUUGCAUCAAAUUACCUUCGUGGUACCAUUGAGGAGGGUCUUGCCGAUCCCUCAACUGGGGCCAUUUCUGCACCUGAUCAACAACUCACCAAGUUCCAUGGAACAUACAUGCAAGACGACCGAGAUCUCCGAGACGAGCGCAAAGCACAAGGUCUUGAGCCAGCAUACUCUUUCAUGAUUCGAUGUAGAUUACCUGGUGGUGUUGCAACUCCUAAGCAAUGGAUUCAAAUGGACGAUGUGAGCAACGACUUCGGAAACGAGACCAUGAAGUUGACCACUCGUCAAACUUUCCAAUUCCACGGCGUUGUCAAAGGCAAACUUAAAUCUGCUAUGCGCGGCAUCAAUAAGGCUCUCAUGACCACUAUCGCUGCUUGCGGUGAUGUCAAUCGAAACGUUAUGUGCAGCAGUUUACCUACCGCAUCAAAGUAUCACAGACAAGUCUAUGCUUGCUCACAGAAGAUUUCCGACCAUCUUCUGCCAUCAACGACUGCUUAUCAUGAGAUCUGGUUGAAGGAUGAGAAUGACAAGAAGACGCAAGUUGCUGGUGAUGCCAUUCAAGAUUUCGAGCCACUUUAUGGCCCGACUUACUUGCCAAGAAAGUUCAAGAUUACCAUCGCCAUUCCUCCACACAACGAUACUGAUGUCUACGCCCAUGAUAUUGGUCUUAUUGCAUGCAAGGAUAGGCAAGGCAAUCUCACUGGAUUCAACCUUCUCGCUGGUGGUGGUAUGGGUGUCACUCAUAAUAACAAGAAGACCUACCCACGAACAGGCAGCACGCUUGGAUUUGUGUCCAAGGAUGAAGUUCAUAUUGCCUGCGAGAAGGUCAUGCUUGUCCAACGUGAUCACGGUGAUCGCAAGAACCGCAAGCACGCUCGUCUAAAGUACACCAUCGACGACAUGGGUCUCGACGUCUUCCGCGGCAAGGUCGAGGAAUUGUGGGGCAAGAAAUUCGACAAGGCAAAGCCAUUCAAGUUCCAGAGCAACAUCGACACAUUUGGAUGGCAGAAGGAUGAGAAUGGUUUGAACCACUUCACAUUCUUCAUCGAGAACGGCCGUAUUGAGGAUACUGCCGAGUUCCCAAUGAAGACUGGUCUCCGAGAAAUUGCUAAGGUUCACGAGGGCGAGUUCAGAUUAACUGGUAACCAGCACUUGAUCCUUAGCAAUGUUUCUGACGAAGAAUUGCCGAAGAUGAAGGAGAUGAUGGCCAAGUACAAGCUUGAUAACACCGAAUUCUCCGGUCUGCGUCUUUCAUCAUCAGCCUGCGUCGCAUUCCCAACUUGUGGUCUGGCUAUGGCAGAGAGUGAACGAUACCUCCCAGAACUCAUCACCAAGCUCGAGGACUGCCUCGAAGAGAACGGUCUCAAACAAGAAUCUAUCGUCAUGCGCAUGACCGGAUGUCCCAAUGGUUGCGCCCGUCCUUGGCUCGCAGAGGUGGCGUUCGUCGGAAAAGCCUAUGGUGCUUAUAACAUGUACCUGGGCGGUGGCUAUCACGGCCAACGUCUGAACAAGUUGUACAGAAGUAGCAUCAAGGAGGAGGAGAUCUUGGAGAUCAUGAAGCCGUUACUGAAGCGCUACUCUCAAGAACGGGAACAGGGAGAACAUUUCGGUGAUUUUUGCAUUAGGAUUGGUAUGAUCAAGGAGACAACCGAGGGGAAGACUUUCCACGAUGAUGUUGCGGAAGAGGAAUCAGAUGAGGAAUGAUCGGGGUUAGCAUUGCAUGGCAUUGGUCUUCAUUUGCAUGGCGUUCAUGGCCCUCUUGCUUUCUACUUGAACAUAUGAACUCAAAUGGGUGUUAGCUCUCUUGAUGCAAUGCUCUUUCUAACUGGCGGCUUGUUUGAUGAAAAGAAAUGCUGUACAUAAUAAAAAUCGAAACUUGAUGAAAAUCAU